AUGAUGGCAAGUUUAUGUGGAUCUGGAAAAAAUAUUGCAAAAUCAACCAUUGUUAUACAGAGUGAAACCUAUGACAAUAGCAGCAGUAGUAGCAGUAAUAAUGAAGAUGAGAUUGAAUUACGAACAUUUGGAUUGUUGGGUGAAACUCACUCCAAUAUGCUAAAGGUUAUUUGCGAUGACAACGAACACAAACUGAUAACAGUGAGAACUGUCGAGGAUCUCACUGCCAGUUUGAAUCGUUACGACUCGGACAACCCAAUCGUAAUGAUUAUCCUACACGUUCAGAAAGAGGAUCUCCAACAAAUACAUGCACUUCUCAACGAUAUUCGUGUGAUCAGAGUGAUGCCAGCUUUCGUUUGUGUCUACUUGGAUCCACUGAAGCGAAAAUCAUCACAAGCCUACUCAAUUGAAUCAGCUAAACUAAUACAAGCAGGUGCAUCAAUGGUUUCUGAAAAUGUCGAUGAUAUCAUGAGUACAAUUGCAGUUAUGAAGAAAUCAAUGAUGACAAACGGUAGAUAUUCAUGUCCAAUUUGCAGACAUGGUGGUAUUGCCCAUCAUUUGGAUCGUAAUGAUAUUUGUAGCCAUAUAUUCCUCUUCCAUCCAUCAGAAGAGUUUGAUCAUUUAGCAAUGAAAAUACCAAAAUGUCCAAUUUGUAAACAACAGAUUCAUAAGAUUGGAAGUCAUUUACAUAAUGAUCACGGUCCAGAGGGAGUACCCAAUGAAAAUGAUAUGGCAUUGAGCACAGUUUAUCCAUUUUGUUUGGUAGUUGUCCGUCGUCGAAAGGAUGGUCGUUUCUUACUUGUAAAUGAAGUUGCCAACAUGGGUUGGUGGUUGACUGGAGGUCGUGUAAAUUUAGGUGAAUCUCUCCAAGCAGCGGCCAUCCGUGAGACCAAAGAGGAAGCCGGUAUCGACGUCGAAAUCAAGGGUAUUCUCAGAGUGGAAUACUCGCCACACUCAAAGUACUCGAGAAUGCGUGUCAUUUUCUACGCUGAACCGAUCAACGACGAUCAACUGCCCAAGUCAAUUCCCGACUACGAGUCGGUCGGUGCAGCGUACGUUGCACUCGAGGAUCUCGCACACCUCACACUCCGUGGUAAGGAACCAAAGAUGUGGUUCCGUUAUCUCCAGGAGGGUGGUACAAUCUUCCCGGUGGAACUACUCACUGUCGAGAAUGCCAGACUCGAGCUUCCAAGCAACUCAGCACGCAAAUCAUCGAGAGCAGCCAAUCAUCUACCAACAAACACCCCCGCCACUCCAAACACACCAGCAACACCAACACCAACAUCAAAACCAUCGAAACAAACUAAAGAACCAAUCCCAAUUUUAUCUCAUAGCAAUAGCCACUUGUUAAUAUCUACUUUUUUUUGA